CUCCAAAAGGGCCUAGACUGAGCCGCGAUAAGAAAGAUGGGACUGAGAAAUUCAACCGGUGCAAAACAUUCGAGCGGACUCUAAAUCUUGCACGCCGUCACUUCACACCUACCUACCUUUGAUGACGGGCGAUGAGAACAAUCCAUCUGCUUUCAAGAUGGAGACCGACAAUUCUCCUGUCACAAGUGCAGGCCAGCCCUCAGCCGCUGGCGAAAGUCAGAAUAAGCCACAUGGCAACGACGGGAAUGCGCGCAAGGGAUUCAAGCGCGACCAUCGAGGAAACCGCAACCCCCACGACAAGAAACGGAAGCACCCCGGAUAUGGGAGCCACAAAGGGGCCAUGCCCGACAGACGAUCCGCAAAUGAGCAGCGAGACCGAGCCCAGGCGAAUCGCGCUGAGAAGCGCCGGAAAAUUCUUGGAGAUGAUGGAACCGGCGAGAGCUACAUGAGCAUCAACUUCACCGCGGAGGAGAUCGCCGCCGAGGAACGCCGACCGAAACGCAAGGUCGCUGUCCUGAUUGGCUACGCGGGGACUGGGUACUCGGGCCUCCAGAUGAACCACAAGGAGAAGACUAUCGAGGGCGACCUCUUCGCCGCCUUCGUCGCUGCGGGCGCCAUCUCCAAGGCUAACGCCAACGACCCGAAGAAGUCGAGCUUCGUGCGAUGUGCUAGGACCGACAAGGGCGUUCACGCUGCCGGAAACGUCCUCUCCCUCAAGCUCAUCGUCGAGGACGAGGACAUUGUCGAAAAGAUCAACGAGCACCUCUCGCCGCAGAUCAGGGUCUGGGAUAUCCAGCGGACGAAUAACAGCUUCAGCAGCUACCAAGCCUGCGACUCCAGGUGGUACGAGUAUUUGAUGCCUAGCUAUGCUCUGCUGCCGCCUCUGCCCGACAGCUUUCUCGGAAAGAAGGUUAUCGAGUCGGCAAAGGAGAAGGGGGUGUAUGAUGAAUACAUGAAGCGGUUGGAUGAUGUCGAGGGCUUCUGGGAGGAAGUUGAAAAGACCGACAUCCAGCCGAUACUGGAGAAAUUGACCCCCGAGGUCCGGGCCAAGGCUGUGGAGGCUACAAAGGGUGCACAGAUUCAGGACUUGGAUGAAAAGGAUGUUGUCACCACGGUGCCGGAACCCGCCGUUUCUGACAACCCUGUCAAUACGAAGCCUGAGGCGACAGUGGAAGCUGGGGCCGCCACCGAAGACGCCACCGAAGGCACAUCUGACGAUAAAUCUGCCGAAAAUGGCGCCACCCCGGCUCCGGCUCCAGCCCCGAUUCCGACCUUGACUCCGCUCGAGGCUGCCAUCAAGGAGAUGAAGGCGGCUUAUGUGGCUGCCAAACGGCGCUACCGUGUUACCCCGGCUCGCCUACACAAGCUCCAGGAAGCUCUCGACCUCUACAAGGGCACGCACAACUUCCACAACUACACCGUUUUGAAGAGCGCCACCGACCCGUCGGCUAAACGGCACAUCAAGUCCUUCAUGGUCAACCAGACACCCAUUUCCAUCCGGGACACAGAAUGGCUGUCCAUCAAGGUCCAUGGCCAGUCGUUCAUGAUGCACCAGAUCCGCAAGAUGAUUGCCAUGGCAGUCAUGGUGACGAGAUGCGGCGCCGGAAUGGACGUCAUCUCGCAGAGCUACGAAUCCCGGCGGAUCAGCAUCCCCAAGGCGCCCGGGCUGGGCCUCAUGCUGGAGCGUCCCAUGUUCAUCGAGUACAACAAGCGGGCGACCAAUGAGCUCGGGCGACAACCCAUCGACUUUGCCAAGAACGAGGAGAAGAUCCAGGCGUUCAAGGACGAGCAAAUCUACAAGCGGAUGUUUGAGACGGAGGAGAAGGACAAUGCAUUCCACACCUUCUUCCACCAGCUCGAUAACUUCCGGACAGACUACUUCCUCUGGGUCACGGCCGGCGGCAUCGAAGCCGCCUAUGAGCGGGCAGAUCGCGGAGGAGAUAAGAUACCCAAGGCAUUGGUGGCGGAACUCGGCGAUGAGGCUGACGGUGUGGUGGAAGCGGACAAUUAAAACGAUAGAGUUUUCCUGCUUCCGGCGCGACAUCACUUGGUCGCUCGCGGCGAGGUAACUGGUUUCAGUGGUGGUCAGCUAUUACAUGACCUCCCCACCUCGGUAUCUUGACCAAUUCGGUCAAAUGAAUUUGCUUUCCAAGCUAUAUUGCAUUGCGAUUGCCGCCCGAUUUCACCAUUAACAGCUGCAGGGUGACAAGCUGUGUCUGUGCAUGUAGCAACAAUGGACAACGAAUGCGGUUUCGCAUCCCUCCGCUGGCAAUGGACAAUCAUGGUGUGGUUGCGCUGCCAAAACUGACCAGUGAUGCUCAAAGUUGCAUCCCACCAGCUUUGAAACAGAGCGUAUCGCCCAACACAUUCUAAAGUCAAAGAAGAAUUGAAAAAAGCUUGAAUGGUUCCGGUCCCU